CAGAGGAGAGGGGAGGCAUCAACAGUUUGAGCACUUGUUUCAUUUGUCGUGUUUAACAUGGGGAGAACUACAGCUGCUCCACUGAGCACUAAUGAACUGUUUUCAGUAAAAUCUAAAUUGGAGGCUGGUCUGUUUGUGGAACUGUGGUAAAAUGCUAGUGGUAUUUUAGACAGCUCGUGAGACUUAUUAUAGCUUGGUGUGGAGGGAAGCAUUUCUGGGCAGUCAUGCCAAACUUACAGAAAAAAAUCCUCUUUUGUUUGGCCGGUGUGUUGAGCUUUGCCUGUGCUCUCGGAAUUGCAGCAGCUCUAGGGAAGCAGCUCUGGGUCAAAGGGACCAUCCUGUGUAAAACUGGAGCCCUGCUGGUCAAUGCAACAGAGGAAGAGCUGCAGAAAUUUGUUGGGGAAAUUCAGUAUGGCCUUUUCUAUGGACAAAGAGUGAAGCAAUGUGGGCUUGGGGGGAGACCAACUUCAUUUUCAUUUUUUCCAGAUUUGCUGAAUGUCAUCCCUGCCAGUAUGCACGUCAGUGUCAUCAUAUUCUCCACAGUGCUCAUUGUAUUUGCCUUGGUGGGAACAGGCUUCUUCAUGUUCAAUGCCUUUGGUAAUCCUUACGAGACUUUGCAUGGUCCUGUUGGACUCUAUCUUUGGUGCUUUGUUUCAUGUUCCUGUGGCUGUCUCGUGUUAAUCCUCUUCUCUUCUGAAGUGAAAAUGCACCAUUUAUCUGAAAAAAUUGCUAAUUACAAAGAAGGAAGCUUUGCAUUUAAAACACACAGUGAACAGUUCCAGACCUCUUACUGGAUUAUCCUGGUUUGCACCCUUGUGCACGUAGCCAACGUUUUCCUGAUUCGAGUUGCAGGUUUUGAUUUCCCAUUUGCAAAGUCUAAGGAUCUUGAGACAAAUUCGGGGGCAAUCGAUCUAAUGUAUUGAAAAAGAGCAGAGAUCAUACCACUUUAGGCAGCAGGUUAAUUACCAUCUGAUAACCAUGUAGAUCAGUAUUCUGAGCAAACUGUAAUCAGACUCCCAAUGAUCAUUCACUUAGCAGUCUGAGAACAAUUAAUAAUACUGAAUAUUGUAUUUUCAGUAGUGUAGUCAGAGUCAUCUAAAUAGUUGUGUCAAGGAAAGCUGAUUCAUUUGGUUAAUAUCUCAGGUACAGGGAAAAACCAGAGUGGUAAAGUUGCACUUUACCAUCAUACUUGGCACAAAGUUGAAAUAAAGUGUUAGUACUGUUAGCGUUUAGUUACUUUGGCCACUGAUAGUGGUAAUUGUACAGCUCUCCAAAAGGCCAUGUAAGUUUGUGAAGGUGGACCCGAAGAUCACUUGAAUAGAGGAGGAUGUUUCUACAUCUGAAAUGGGAAAAUUUUGAUAACAGAAUAUCUUGAACAGCAGACGGUACAUCAAAAUGCACAGUAAUAUUGCACCCGCUUUUAGAUUGUAAUGUUAGAUCGGGAACUGUUUUCUUCCUAUACCAGUAUUAGCAAUUAGGCAUGUUACAUAUAGAUUUAUAAGGUUGAACUUGAUGGACGUCUGUCUUUUUUCAACCUAACUUACUAUGUUACUAUGUAAGUAAUUUGUAUAUUUCAUGUACACUCCAUUCUGUUGUACAACACUGAGAAAUAUGUUGGGCCUUUAUACAUACAUGUUAAUAAUAAUAAUAAUAAUAAUAAUAUGACUAUGGUUAAAUGUCCAAUUUACUAGAGCUAUUUAUUUUAUAGGCCAUCCUUUAAGUAAGGAUGUUAGCAGGGCCGCCAUCAGGGGGUCACAGGGGGGACAGUUGUCUAAGGGGGGCCCGACCAUGCUCACUUACUUGAUUUCAGCUCAGCGUGCUGCCAGUAGGACACUGCAGCUCUGUGCACGGAAGCUUUUCCCAAUUAAGAUUUCCUGUACCCUCAUUGGUCCAUUAAGAAUAAGU